AUGUUCAGAAUCAAUGCUGAUGCAGGCAGCGACUUUUUGUUGGUAUUAGAAGAAUUAGUGGGCAAACUCAGCACGAAUGAUAUACAAUCGAUCUACAUUAGUGAUAAGCCCAAUUCGAGAGGAGAACAGGCAAAUAGCUUAUGUGGUAGAAGCGUAAAUGAUUUGGGUUUCAAAAACGGUGAUUUGCUAUUUGUGACUUACGAAUCAACUGCUGAAGCUCCAAAGACAGAGUCUUCGGCUCCCUUGGCCACAGCUAAAACCGCCAGUGGUGCAAAUGUGUCAAUUAAUAUGAAUGACAUUUCGAUUCCAAUAAAUUCGGGCCCUGGGCCUCUCAAAGUGGAUCAGUUACCCGUUGAUGAUUUGCUUGAUAAAGAAGAUGGUAUGAUCAAGAGAUCAAGGUCGGAUUUAUGUCGUCAUGGGGAAAAAGGGAUGUGUGAAUACUGCUCUCCGUUGCCACCAUGGGAUAAAGAGUAUAAGAAAGAGAAAGGAUUUAAGCAUAUGUCAUAUCAUGCACAUCUAAAUGAAAUCAAUGAGCUGAAAAAUAAUAGAAAUAAUGCUACGUCAUAUAUGGCACCUUUGGAGGAGCCAAACUAUAAUAUCAACUUAAAUUGUCCUAGUGGAUCGCAUGCACCAUAUCCUAAGGGUAUUUGUUCGAAAUGUCAGCCGCCUGUGAUCACAUUGCAGCAGCAACAAUUCCGUAUGGUCGAUCAUGUUGAGUAUGCAGACUCAACCAUCUUGAAUAAAUUCAUUGAUUCGUGGAGAACGACCGGUGUGCAGCGAUUUGGUAUUUUGUAUGGAAGAUACGAACAGUUUGAUAAGGUUCCGUUAGGAAUUAAAGCGGUGGUAGAGGCCAUAUACGAACCACCACAAUCGGGAGAGUUGGAUGGAUUAACAUUACUCCCGUGGGAAAACGAACUGCAGGUAGAUGAAAUAGCUGCCUCACUUGGUCUCUACAAAGUAGGUAUGACUUUUACCGACUUGACCGACUCGGGUGCCAAAAACGGGACCGUAUUAUGCAAGAGACACAAAAAUAGCUACUUUUUGUCAUGUUUGGAGGUCAUCAUGGCUGCCAAAUACCAGGUAUCCAACCCAAAUAUCACUAAGCACUCUAACUCAGGUAAAUUCUCCUCUAAAUUCGUGACAUGCGUUAUAUCGGGUGGUAUGAAUGGCGAAAUCGAGCCAAGAUCAUACCAGGUGUCCAACAGUGCCGAGGCCCUAGUUAAGGCCGACAUCAUCACAGGGUCCACGCAGCCAUCCAUGCUCUACAUCAACGACAGCGAGGGCAAGAGAUACGUUCCCGAUGUAUUCUACCUGAAGAUCAACGAAUAUGGUCUCGAGGUCAAAACAAAUGCCAAGCCCGCAUUUCCCGUUGAGUUUUUAUUAGUGUCACUUCUGGACUCGUUCCCGUUGGACCCUUCUCCAAUGUUCAAAGAAAAUUUCCCAAUCGAGAACAGAGACUUCAUGGGCGACCUCCAGGACUUAAAAUCCGCCUACAACUACUUGAAUGCCGAUCCUGGUGAUGGUUCCCAACUCUUCGAUUUCCAUUUCCUCACCUAUAUCGCUAAAACUGGAAUAUUAUCUCAUGAUGAAUUGAAAUUGGUAUUAUCCUACGUCAGACAUAGAGACCAAACGGACUAUCUACAAUUGGUUGAAAGUCCUGGUUGGAUGACUUUCAUAACUAUCCUAGAGCAAAGCGUAUAA